CGCUCUUCCGCCUCGCCUCCCCAUUGGCCGAGCCGGCGUUCGAGGCGCGCUGAUUGGCUGCGGCGUCGCAGGCGCCCAAGUUUGAACCGGGGAGGCGGCGGAGCGGAGCUGGCGGGGAACCGGCGGAGGAGAAAGAGGCAGGUAGGAGGGAGGGAGGGGAGGGGAGGGGAGCCCCCCACCUGAGCCCCCCACCUGAGCCCCAAAUAUAUCCCCAAAGUCGCGGGGGGGGGAGAAAGAAAAUAUCCCGCUCAUAAAAAGUUUAUUAAAAAACAUCAUUGGGCCAACAAUAAUAAUAAUAAUUUGUUGUUGUUUAGUCGUUUACUCGUGUCCGCCUCUUCGUGACCCCUGGACCAGAGCACGCCAGGCCCUCCUGUCUUCCACUGCCUCCCGCAGUUUGGUCAAACUCAUGCUGGUAGCUUCAAGAACACUGUCCCACCAUCUGGUCAUCUGUCGUCCCCUUCUCCUUGUGCCCUCCGUCUUUCCCAACAUCAGGGUCUUUUCCAGGGAGUCUUCUCUUCUCAUGAGGUGGCCAAAGUCUUGGAGCCUCAGCUUCAGGAUCUGUCCUUCCAGUGAACACUCAGGGCUGAUUUCCUUAAGAUUGGAUAGGUUUGAUCUUCUUGCAGUCCAUGGGACUCUCAAGAGUCUCCUCCAACACCAUAAUUCAAAAGCAUCAAUUCUUCAGUGAUCAGCCUUCUUUGUGGUCUAGCUCUCACUUCCAUACAUCACUACUGGGAAAACCAGAGCUUUAAGUAUACAGACCUGGAUGGAAUAGGGACUCCGAAAUCCUCAUGGUGUGCCCUCAGGUCCUCAGCCUCCGGCCCCCCACUCCAGCUACCAAACCCAGCUGUUCAGCCCUGACAAAGGGACCAGGCUAGGGGGUGUCAGAGGGAAUUUAAUUUUAUUAUUACAGUCACAGACCAGUUCUGGCUCACUUUCAAUGUCAAAAAAAUACUAAAACACAACAGGAAUACAUUGGGUUGCAAUUGGGUAUAACGGAGACAGUUCGGAUAUAGCAGCAGUUUAAAAUCUUAAUCAUUAAAAUAUAGCCUAAAAUUGUCAUUUAAAACUUUAAUCAUUUUGGUAGUACAGCUUGUUCCCUAAGUUUUAUGGCAGACGCACAGAAUUUGGCCACCCUUAGCGUGAUCUCUAGAUGAGACCGUGGAAGAGCAAAUGAAGGGGCCAGGGAUCCUUCCUGGCCAAGGGAUACGUAAACAUUGACAUGUGUGAAGUGGGAGCCUGCAGGACGGACUUCGAAAUUUUUACUCUUUCUAAGUUGUGUUUAAUGUAGAUUAACAGAGUAGUUUCCCUCUCUCUGCUGCCCCCAAUGAUAAAAGGUAGGGAGCCUUACUUAAAAACAAUAUUGAAUCCAUAAAAUGGGAUUCUCCGAAUCCCGUGAUUCACCCCACCCCCCAGUUCCUUGAAUUUUCUUUUCAACUGCAUCUCAUUUCUACUCCAAAUUAUUUCUUUACCUCAAAUUUCCUGUACUAUUUCUGAAAUUACAAGUGUUCUUAAAAUCCUGCCCAUGUCUUACCCUGUGUGGUUGUGCCCUCUUUUGCUGGGGGCUGAUGUAGCCCAGCUCUGCCCCUUCUGUGACAACGUUUGGGUCUUUCCCCCUAGAACUCAUCUCCUUGCCAUGCCUCAGAAGAAGAAAAACUCGAGGGCCGGCAGCAAGAACUCGGUCAGAAGCAAAAAGGUGGAUGCGUUUCUCAAGGAUUUUAACCGGGAAGGUAAGGUGCUCACUUACUUGCCGGACUCAGGGGCGCUUCUUCUGCUUCAUGCCAAAUGAAACUGUUGCUCUCAUGACGCCAUUAUACGCAUCUCUGGGGCACUGGGGACACUUCUGGUCGCCUCGCCUGAAAAGGGAUAGUGUAGAGUUGGAAAAGGGCACCCAAAAUGAUGAAGGGGGAGGCAGACACCACACCCACACCCUGCGCUACAAAGAAAAGUUCCUGAAUUUGGGACUUUUUAGUUUAGAGGAAGAGGUGAUGUGAUUGGAGGAUGGAUGGCGGCUAACAGAUUGAGGCUGAAUCCUGACAAGACAGAAGUACUGUUUUUGGGGGACAGGAGGCGGGCGGGUGUGGAGGACUCCCUGGUCCUGAAUGGGACAACUGUGCCCCUGAAGGACCAGGUACACAGCCUGGGAGUCAUUUUGGACUCACAGCUGUCCAUGGAGGUGCAGGUCAAGUCUGUGUCCAGGGCAGCUGUUUACCAGCUCCAUCUGGUAUGUAGGCUGAGACCCUAUCUGCCUGCGACUGUCUCGCCAGAGUGGUGCAUGCUCUGGUUAUCUCCUGCUUGGACUACUGCAAUGCACUCUACGUGGGGCUGCCUUGGAAGGUGACCCAGAAAUUGCAGCUAAUCCAGAAUGUGGCAGCUAGACUGGUGACUGGGAGCGGUUUUCGAGACCAAUCUUGAGAGACCUACAUUGGUUCCCAGUAUGUUUCCGAGCACAAUUCAAAAUGUUUGUGCUGACCUUUAAAGCCCUAAACGGCCUCGGUCCAGUAGACCUGAAGGAGCAUCUCCACCCCAUUGUUCUGCCCAGACACGGAGGUCCAGCUCCGAGGGCCUUCUGGCAGUUCCCUCCCUGCAAGAAGCCAAGUUACAAGGAACCAGGCAGAGGGCUUGCUCAGUAGUGGCGCCUGCCCUGUGGAACGCCCUCCCAUCAGAUGUCAAGGAAAUAAACACCUCAUGUUUAGAAGACAUCUGAAGGCAGCCCUGUUUAGGGAAUGUUUGAUGGUUUUUUGCUUUAUUAUUAUUAAUAAUAUUCUGUUGGGAGCCGCCCAGAGCAUAAUAAAUUGUUGUCGUUGCUGCUGCUGUUUGUUAAAGUUUAUAAAAAUUCAGCAUCAUGGCAUCCCAUGGAGCUGCCAUGUUGGGAGAUUCAGGUUAGAGAGUUAGACUGUGGAACUCCCUCCCACAGGAGGCGGUGCUGGCCAUCAACUUAGAUGGCUUUGAAAGAAAUCCUUGGAGGAGGAGAGGGCUAUGGAGGGCUCCUGGAAACCGUGGGGCAGUGUGGGGAGAAGGCUGCUCUCGUGCCCAGACCCCACUUGCUGGUUUCCCAUUAAGGGCAGCUGGCUGGCCACCGGGAGAGGAGGAGGCUGGACUUAGAUGGGCAGGGCUCCCCUUACGGAUCCGGAGCCCCUCUCUUCCUCGUGCCUCUUCUCUGCUUCCUCCCUAGUCAAGUUGCGCAUCGACCGCAUCCGGAUGGAGGAAGAGGUUCUCCUGAAGGAAAUUGACAACAUGUACGACAUGGAAAUCUUCCGCCAUCCCGUGGCCCUGAGGGACAUAAACUGGCUCAGCUUCUACGGUACUUUGCUCUGACAUGCAUUGGGCAUGGAGCUUGGGGGGGGUGAAUUUCUGGGGUCUUGCGGGGUGCAGGUGCUUCCAGGGGUCCUGAGCGCCCAAAGCUUUCGCAGAAGUUCUGGUCUGCGCAAGAGCAAAUCGAACAGGGAAGGAGGCCUUGGGGAGGCAGCGGAGGAGAAAUAUCUUUCUAGCCCUCUUUGAAUGUCUCUAAAGUUACCAAGAAAACAUCCAUUCAAAAGUAAGUAUUCUGACAAGAAUUACAAACUGAAGUAGAGAUUACAAACUCUUAACAAAGAGCACAAACUCAAACUCAUAAAGAUAUGUGUAACACAAUAAUUCGUUACAAAGAUUUUCUCUUUUUCAUUCGACAAUAAUGUUGAUCCUUAUAAUUUAUCAGCUUGCAGACUCAGUUUCAAUCAGAGAGCAGAAGUCAGAAGUCAGUUAUGGAUUAGAAGCCAGGAUAGGGCCCUGUUUCGAUAUAUUCACCUUCAUCAGCUAAUUUUUAAAGGGUUGUGAAAGUUUGAAGACUUUCGGAUAAAUAUAUCCCGUUUCUCAGGGAUAACAACUACUGGCUUCUAAUUGUCAGAAUACAUACUUUUGAAUGGAUUAGUUUUUGUUACUGUUGACUAUUGACUUGUGAGUAGAGACCACUCGCACUACUGAAACUUACAUUGGCCUGAGUUCUUGGUGUGCUUUUUUCUUGGUAUGUUUAAUAACAAGAACUCCAACUUAUUUAAUCUAAAGUAAAGUUGGCACACUAAUUUUGGCUCUCUCUCCCCCCCCCCGCAAGGCGCACUGUUCCAUUGUCUCCCCCCGAGGCCGACCGACGCCAGUGAAAAGCAACUUGCCCUGAUUUAUUUAGAAAAGUAUUUCUGUACUGCCACAUCACAACCUACAUCCAGGCCUUUUGGGCUAAAAAGCAUCAUUUAAAAUAAAGCAAAUAAAUGCAGACGAUCGUUCAGGCGACUGAUCAAAAUACAGAACUGCUGCAAAGACUUGCUGGCUCAAAAAAGGAAGUGGGUAGCGAGGGAGCCUCUGCCGAAUCUCUGCUGGGAGAAUGUUCCUGUGCGGGAGAGGCAGUGUUUCACAGUGGUUAGUGCCUAGGACCUGGGAGAGAGCAGAGUUCAAAUCCCCACCUGGGGCCUUUUGCUCAGCUGAACCUGCUUCGGAGGGUCGUUGUGAGGAUCAAACGCUGGAGCUCCUGGGAUGAAAAGGCGGGUUAUAAAUGUGAUGGGCAGCACAGGCCCUCUAAGCUAUGGCUACCAGAUUUUUUUCAAUGAAUCCAGGGGCACUUUUUUGUUUUUGAAGCUGAGUAGUAGCAAUAGGGAGUCAGUAGUGGGGAUGGUGGGGGACUUCCGGGGUGGCGCCUCCGGAAAAUGGCGGAAUUCCCUUCGGACUGAAGGGAACCCGCUGCACGGAGGCUUGGGUCCUGCCGCUACGGCGCAGCGGGGACCCGCAAAAACCACAGGCGGAAGAAGCCUGUGGACGUGGGACUCGGCGGGCACCGAGAGCGCUCUCUCCCCUUGUACAGGAGCUCGGUAACGGGCUCCGGAGUGGGAGGUGCGUGGUGCUGUGAGUCGUCUGCUUCCUCCGUGCAGCAAAGCCGCACUGCCGUUAUCGGAGAGCGCUGCCUUUUUCCUGGACAAUUUGGCAUCUAAAAUAUCUAUCCGUGAGUACCUGAUCUUGGAAGAGCUGAACCACUUUUAAGACUGGUGAAAAAAAAAAAACAAAUAAUAUUGGACUUGAAAUUGAACUUAAUUGGGACUCGGAAUGGGAAGGUCUAAACAGGAAGUCGCCUUCCGUUCUUUUGUUAUGUGAAGAAAGCAAAGAUAAAAUAUAUUAAAGCUUGAAAACUAAAUUUUAAGAGAACUAGAAUUCAACAUCUAAGAUUUCUGAACCCCCCCUUCGAUUGCAGGAGAAGAAGGGGGUUGUAUUUGGACUCUUUAACCCUGCGGAAGUGAGUUUAAAAUAAAGCAAUUUUCCACCGCCCUGAACCAGGAGCGGGCUGUCAGAAUUGACGUUCUGAAGUUUAUCUAACUUGACAGUUAGUUAAAAGAAGGGUAACAUUUUGAUUCUAUUGUUGCCUCUUGAAUUUGGAAGGGGGAAUUCUGGAUAAAGUGUUUCUGGAAAAAGAAAGAUUGUUGCUGUUGCUUUUAUUCCUUUUUAAAAAAAAAAAAAAAUAAGAAUUUCCAUCUAGUGGAAUUCAGUGAAACUGCAACGCAGAGAGACUAAAAGAGAAGGACUAUUGGACUAUUGCCGUGGGAAAGAAUUUUUUUUUGACCUUGAAGAACAAUGCUAGUACAAAGGCUUGAACAAUUGUUCAUGGAAGGCUUUUCAAAACUAAGUGCCCAGCUGGACCAGAUGUGUGAGACGACCUUGAUGAUGGAAGUCACCAGAGCACAGCAGCAAACAAAUGAAAUUCAGUUAAAGGCUAUACAAGUAUAUGAACCUGCUGUAGUGAUGGAGGCUUCAGAGAUAGAGGGACCUUUGGACGGGCAAGAUCAGCCUUUGAACUUGACAAAUGAACUUGGGACAAACCAGAUUCGGAAAGAUGAAAUGUGGUCAGAUUUGGAAAUGGGGGGAUGGAUUGACCCCCCUCCAUAUGGUUAUUUGGACCUUCCGAGUCUGGUGAUGGGCUAUCAGAGGAUUGGAGUAGCCGAAGUCUCCAAGCUUUGUGGAAAUCUGAAGUGGUAUUACUUGCUGUCUGGCUUGGGCAGUGGGUUUGGGAUGGACUUGCCGCAAAGGGUCAAAAGCAUUUUCUUGCUGGAGCAUCCACGACUGGAAAGGAAUCAUCAACAAGAGUGGCGAAAGGGGCAAGACAGAGACUUGAGGGCCUCGGAUACGAGACAACCAGGUUAAGAGGUUAAAAGGACUGACAAUCCCGGGUCCAGGGGAGGGAGGUUGGAAGCUGACUGGAUUGAAUUUGACUUAUUAUUCUUUCCUUUUUAUUUUUUAAUAUUGGGAAUGCUUAUAAAUGUUUGAAGGAUGUUGAAUGAAAUUACAUGGCUUAAGUAAGGAUUGGUAAAUGAUUUGUAAAAAGGUUUAAAGUUUUUAUAUGACAAGAGGGAAAAUAGAAUAAGGAAACGUAAUGGCAGAUUGUUAUGAAAAAACAGAAAGGAUUUGCUGUAAAAAAUAAAAAUUAAGAAACAAAAGAGGGGAGGAGGAGGAAGUCUAGAAAGGAAGUCAAUAGAGAUUGUAAAGGACUUCAUAUUUUUGUUUUUCUGUUUCUCUUUUUUCUUUUUCUGCGGCUGGGUUUUCUUUUCUUUUUUGUUUAUGUACUAUUUUUGUUUUUUGUAUUUUCAAAUUUUUUUAUUUUUUCUUUUUUUUGGAAAUUUUCGUUGUUAUCCUUUUGAAAAUUUAAUAAAUAUCAAUUAUAAAAAAAAAAAAAAAAAGUAGUGGGGAUGGUGAGGCAAAAGACCCUGGGCCCAAGCACACAUGCGUAAUGUAUAAAGGUGCAAAGCCCUUCUUUCACACCCUGUGAAACAUAAGUGUGCAGAGUUUUUUAAAAAACUGGGCAACGGCUCCCCACCCGCAACUCCCGAGCCUCCCGCGAUCAGUCAAAACAAAAGGGGAAGGGGGCAGGAGAUCUGUACCACCGGCCGUCCCCAGUUCCCCUUUGGCAGUGGCAGCAGCAGUCAGAAGCCCAGAUGUGUUGCGCACAUCAUAUGGGGACUUCCGGCAAGGGAAAAUGGCAGGCGCCAUGGCAGCGAGCAGCUCCUGAAGCCAGCCAGAGCCAAAUGCGCUACCAGGUUGGCUCUGGGCUGCUGAGACAACCGCUGCCACGUUUCCCCGGGACAGAUUUGCAAAUCUGGGAACUGUCCCCGGGAACCGAGGACAUCUGGUAACCCUGCUCUAAGCUCCCAGCAGAGGCCACUCUGCAACGCAGGCAAGGAGCAGCUCUUAUCCGGAUCCCUCCUGCGUGGCAUGUUGCACUAAGAAAUCACCCCCUUCUCUCUGGCUGGUUGCUCAGCUCCUUCCCUUGUGGAGGACAAAGCUGCAGCUGUUCUUUCUCCUUUGGUGGUUGCCGGUUGUGUUCUGAUCACGGCGCUUGCUUUCUCUCUAGGUGUCGGAGGAUGCGAGCAAGUCCUGGAGAAAGCCGUCUCGGUAGGUGGCGCCCCCCAUCACCAAAUUCCAGGUGGAACUUGCAGUCCCCAGACAGCUUCCUCCACAAAACUGUUAGAAUUCCUGCUCCAUGAUUGCAGUCAUGGGAUUUUUGUCUAUCACAUGACGGUGUAUGUUUUGACUCCACAGAGUGGGAAGUGACGGAGACAGGAUGUUUGUGAUACUGUGUUCCGUGAAGUGGGACUAUUGUCCUUUGUUCUUUUUCUCUUUGCUGUCUGAUGCUAGAGAGAGGGAGCCAUGUUGCAGUGCUCUGCAUGUGUUUAUAUGCAAAUAAAGUAGAUUAGCCAAAAUGCUGAGUUGCUGAGGUCUGUCACGUGCAUGAUGCGCAAACUCUGCGGAUCCCUAAGUGUGCCGGUGUCUGUUGGCAUCAGUCGCUGUGAUGUUUGGGCAGAAGAAAGCUUUUGAAGCUCCCGAACAAACGACCAGGAAGGAGGAAACAUGCCAGUCGGGCAUGUGUCUCUGCCAUGGUCCUACUCGAGUGUAGGCUGAACUCCCUCCCUUCCUUCCUUCCUUCCUUCCUUCCUUCCAGUGUGUUACACAAGUCUUCUGUCUAAUUUCUCAGGUGGACUUGGACAUGCUGGAGAUCACCAAACUGGCCUCUGAAGCUAUUCAGACCCCUCUCAAAACGGCCAGGAAAGGUCAGUGAAGGGCCGCCUUGGGGGCUGGAGGGCCAGAGCGGUCUCCUCAUGAGUUUCCCUGUCCUCCGCAGUGCUGGUGAAUGACGCCUCACCCUCUGUGUUCCUCUUGUGUUUUCAAUGUCUCCCAGCCAAGAGAGCCCGCCAGGCCGCGGAGACCAUCAGCGAGGAGUCGGGGCCGUCUUCUCCUCUGCCUGCAGGCAAGAGGUCCAGGCAGCAGAGCGAGGAUCCUGCGGCACCCCAGCCGGGAAGUGAGGCUCUUCCGCAGAAAGCAGGGAAGGUGAGGCACCCUAACAUACCUGCCGACCCCCAGGAGACUUUGCUUCCUUGAAAACUCCACUCCAUAGAAUUGUGGGGUUGGAAGGGAUCCCAAGAGCAGUGCCAGAAGUACGAUACGCUAUGAUAUCUUUAUUGUCAUUGUCCCAAACAGAGCAACGAAAUUGGAAAAAAAAAUCCACAUAAGACAUUCAAAACCAACGAUCCUACUAUCCUAUCUAUCGCAACCUGGAUAGCCCCUUAAAAACCCAUUUUUAAACCCAUUUUUAAAAUACAAUAUACUCCUACAGAGACUCCUUACACUGCGUUUAAAACCAAAAUCGCAUUUGGAUAGAAACUUUUUCUCAGGCGGCUCGUCUUAGUCUUUAUAACCCUGUACCUUCUUCCAGAAGGCAGAAGCUGAAAGAGAUCAUUUCCGGGGUGCACACUAUCCUGCGCUAUCUCUGCAGCUUUCUUAGGGCACCUGGAAGCAUAGAUUUGAUCCAAGGUGGGAAGAGGGCACCCAGUUACUCUCUCCUCAGUCUUUACAACCCUGGACUUCUGCAUUUCAGGCAAAGGCGUCGGCCCGAAAGCCCAGGCCUCCAUCGGCCAGGUCUACCCGCUUCAGCAGAAGGUAAGGGCAGGGCGGGGUUGGGCAGGGGGCUCCCUCCCGAGAGACCCUCCCUGUCCCGGCCGUGGGGUUGAUGCGUCCGCAGAGGGCUCUCGAAGGCCACCAGCCAUGGCAGCUCUCCGGCUGGAGGUUUCUGGGAAUCGCGGGAGCAGAGUGUAUCUCUUGCGUACCUUCCAAGCGCCCUAGGAAUAAUGAUAAUAAAUAAUAAUAAUAAUAAUAAUUUAUAAUAAUAAUUUAUUAUUUAUACCCCGCCCAUCUGGCUGAGUUUCCCCAGCCACUCUGGGCAGAUUCCAACAAAACAUUAAAAUACAGUGGGUCUGUCAAACAUUAAAAGCUUCCCUAAACAGGGCUGCCUUCAGAUGUCUUCUGAAAGUCUGGUAGUUGUUCUCUUUGACAUCUAAUGGGAGGGCGUUCCACAGGGCGGGCUCCACCACCGAGAAGGCCCUCUGCCUGGUUCCCUGUAACUGGGCUUCUCGCAGUGAGGGAACCGCCAGAAGGCCCUUGGCGAUCGACCUCAGUGUCCGGGCAGAACGAUGGGGGUGGAGACGCUCCUUCAGGUCUACUGGACCGAGGCCGUUUAGGGCUUUAAAGGUCAGCACCAACACUUUGAAUUGUUCUCGGAAACAUACUGGGAGCCAAUGUAGGUCUUCCAGGACCGGUGUUACAUGGUUUUGGCGGCCGCUCCCAGUUCCCAGUCUGACUGCUGCAUUCUGGUAGCCCCACAUAGAGCGCAUUGCAGUAGUCCAAGCAAGAGAUAACUAGAGCAUGCACCACUCUGGUGAGACAGUCUGUGGGUAGGGAGGGUCUCAUCCUGCGUACCAGAUGGAGCUGAUAAACAGCCACCCUGGAUACAGAAUUGACCUGCGCCUCCAUGGACAGCUGUGAGUCCAGAAUGACUCCCAGGCUGCACACCUGGUCCUUCAGGGGCACAGUCACCCCAUCCAGGACAGGAAGUCUUCCACACCUGCCUGCCUCCUGUCCCCCCAAACAGUCCUGUCUUGUCAGGAAAAUGGGACGUUCUGUUUCCUUGCGCGAGAUCACGGCACCAGUUUGUAUGCUGCGCUCACCCCUGCAAAAAAAGCGCUUUUUCAGGGCAAUGAUCUCACACAGCUCCCAGAAGACGCAUGUCCUGGCUUAGGGUCUGAAAAAGUUGGGCAGUGUGCCCUUGCUGCGAUGCAGCGGUUAGGCUCCUCUUGCAAUUUUGCAUCCCCAUGGCUCUCUUCUUUUUUUUAACAGGGGAAGCAAAGUGAAGUUUACCACCCCGGCUGGACAGACAAUCCAACAGGGCCUGACUGUGGCACCCACUCCCAAGUUUGACCCCAGGUGAGCCCUCUCCCUGCCCACCUGGGAACUGAGUGUGCACUGGGAGGGGCCAGGCUCCGAGAGCUGCUGCGGUCAAGGCUCCAGGUGGGGGGCACACACACAUACCCCUUGCUGCCCCUUCUUGGCUGCCUGGCAUUUGUGGGCAGAACUCCUCUUCCAGGGUGAUCGCUCUGGGUUUGGCCUUCUUGGCUUGUUUAACAUUUAUUUCAUGAAAUUUACAGGGAUGUUUUUAGCGGGUGCCAGAAGGGGUAGGGGGGAGACGCCUGCCUGAUCUCAAGAGGCAGGGAGUUCCAGAGGCUCCGUGCUGCCAUACUAAAUGAUUGAGUUAUUGCAAAUUCAGAGAGGUAUUAUGGGCCCACUCCACUGACGGAAGGGGUCGUGUAGGCGCCUGUGGGAUAAGGGGAUCUCGCGGGUAAACUGGUCCCAAGCAGUUAAGGGUUUUCUAUGCUAAUGGAAAGGCCUUGAACUUGGCCCAGUCGCAAACUGGUGCCGAUCUCAGUCCCAGCCGAAGAAGAGUAGAUGACCAAGGUGAUGGACUACGCCAAAAUGGCAAAGAUGACCGUGAAGAUCAGACACCAAGAUGAUAAGAAAUUUAGUCAAGAGUGAGGGGAAAUUAUAGAAUAUCUUAAGGACCACUGCAGAUACUUAAAAAUGUUAGCAGGAUUGUUAUGUGGCUUAUAAUGUAAUAUGAUUUAAGGUGAAAAAUAUGAUAAAAUGGAUUGGAAAAACGUAAUUAGAUGCAAUAAAAAUAGGGGGAAAUUGGAAACCAGGCGGGGGGGGGGGGAGAGUCUGAGGGAUUUAAGUACAGUCAUACCUCGGGUUACAGAUGCUUCAGGUUGCAUUUUUUCGGGUUGUGGACCGACGAAACCCAGAAGUACUGGAACGGGUUACUUCAGGGUUUCGGUGGUCGCGGAUGCGCAGAAGAGCUGAAUCGCAACCCACGCAUACGCAGACACGCCGCUGAGGGUUGUGAACGUGCAUCCCGCACGGAUCACGUUCACAACCUGAGCAUCCACUGUAAUCCCAGAAGUGUAGAAAUUGAAAAUGAUCUGAAUGUAUAAGAAUAUUCUUUUAAAAAAUGGAAACAGAACAUAAAAAAAGAAAUGAUGCCGAUCUCUGAGCCCAGGUGUCGUCUGCUGCCAAGGCCUUGCAAGAAAUGAGGGAGCAAGAGGAGCGUAAACCUGUGCUGGAAGCCCUCAGGGGCGCAAGGAGCUCUGAGAAUAAAAAGUUCCAUAUAACACACACACACACACCCUCCAAAAAAACCUUUCAACCAAUCAGAUGUUACUUACCCCAGAUUCCUUGCGGGCUGUGUGGGAGAGGCAAAUGUAGGAUUCCUUUUCUUUACGCAUUCCUCACAACCCCACCAAGCGGAGACGAGAGAGGCUGCCUUUGUUGUGCCUGUCAUGGCAAUGGGCGCGCCAGGGGAGCUCCUCACGCGGCCUUCCAUGUAUCCUCUGCAGCAUCUUCAAGACGCCCGGCCUGCGGACCCCGGCGGCGCACGAGCGAGUCUUCAGCGUGUCCGCCAACGGCAGCCCCCUUGCCGACAGCAGCGAUGUCAUCAUCACGCUUCCCUCCGGCCGAGGGGAGGUAAGGCCUGGAUCCACGCCCUGCAGCAGAGGAAGCCCAGGACCAGGGGAGACGGGAGUGUCGGGAGGGGGGCGGGCACAGGUGCCAGGCGCUCGUCGUGGUCCCUAGAAGGCGGCGACAGCUGCUUCGGCUGGCAAAGAGUACCGUCGUUGGCCAGAGGGGCUCUGCUCUGACUCCGAGGUUGCAGGCCGUAAAUGCUUCCGAAUCCCAGUUCUUGGGAAACUGGAGGAGAGUUGCUCUUGCGCUUGGAUCCCAUAAUGGGCAUCUGACUGGCCUCUGUGGGAAGAGUGUUCUGGGCAGGAUUAGCCCCCUCCAGCGCCAGAGGCAGUCUGCCUGGCUUCCUAGGGGGAUUUGGCCGCUGUGGGAACAGGGACACUGGGCACGAUGGGCUUGAUCCAGCAGCCAGGAGGCUCUUCUUAGGUUCAUGCGCUUUGGAACGUGCCCACCUCCUUCUUUCGCGGAAGAGGCAGGAUGCUUCCCGCCCGCUUGGAGCCGUUCAUUUCUCACCUGCCAGACUUCCUUCCAAAGCCUUUCCCCUCGAAUCCCAAGCGGCCACAUGGAGUAACUCGCUUCUCCUCUCGCCCUGCCCAGAGCGUCUGCAUCCGAGCCAGCGAACUCUCCACCAACGACCUGCGGCGCUUGGACUCGGAGGUGCUGGGGAGGGUGAAGAAACUCUCGGUAAGUCUCUGCCGGUGGCGGGUGGGCCGCCUCGCUGCUCCUGCCUGGAAGCCCCCCACCCCCUUUCCCAGGAUCCUUCCUCCCUUCUCUGUAAUAAUAAUAAUAAUAAAAGUAAUCAUAAUUUAUUAUUUAUACCCCACCCAUCUGGCUUGGUUUCCCCAGCCACUCUGGGCAGCUUCCACAAAGACCAAAAAUACAUUAAGAUGUCACACAUUAAAAGCUUCCCUGAACAGGACUGCCUUAAGAUGUCUUCUGAAUGUCAGGUAGUUGUUUAUCUCUUUGACAUCUGAUGGGAGAGCAUUCCACAGGGCGGGCGCCACUACCGAGAAGGCCCUCUGCCUGGUUCCCUGUAACUUGGUUUCUUGCAGUGAGGGAACCACCAGAAGGCCCUCGGCGCUGGACCUCAGUGUCCGGGUAGAACGAUGGGGGUGGAGACGCACCUUCAGGUAUACUGGACCAAGGCCGUUUAGGGCUUUCAAGGUCAGCACCAACACUUUGAAUUGUACUCAGAAACGUACUGGCAGCCAAUGUAGGUCUUUCAAGUCCGGUGUAAUGUUGCCUCGGCGGCCGCUCCCAGACACCAGUCUAACUGCUGCAUUCUGGACUAGUUGUACUUUCCGAGUCACCUUCAAAGGUAGCCCCACGUAGAGCGCAUUACAGCAGUCCAAGCGGGAGAUAACUAGAGCAUGCACCACUCUGGCAAGACAGUCCGCGGGCAGGGAGGGUCUCAGCCUGCGUAGCAGGUGGAGCUCUGGAGUGGGAACGGUCUCCUCUUGAGCUGGAAGAGCGCAAGGGUUGGCGGAAGGGGUGGGAUCUUGCCCUCGGCUUCCUCCCAGCCCAUUCCUGAUGGGGGGAGCAGUUUGCAGAUUCUGCCCUGGAAGGGAGGGUGGGAUUUAGGACGGGGGAGAGGGAGGACUUAUUCAUGCAGCACAGAGUUUAACUGUUAAGCAGUUGGUCCCUUACCUUCCUCGCCCUGAUCUGGUCACUGUGAUCCACGCGACGGUCACCUCCAGGCUUGAUCAUUGUAACUCGCUCUAUGUGGGGCUGCCCUUGAAGCUGACCCAGAAACUCCAGCGGGUGCAGAAUGCUGCAGCGAGGCUCCUCACGGGGUCUCUGCCAUGGGAGCAUAUUCACCCAGUGCUUUUCCAGUUGCACUGCCUCCCGGUGGAGUACAGGGUCACGUUUAAAGUGCUGGUUUUAACCUUUCAAGCCCUUCACGGCCUAGGACCCAUGUACCUAUGGGACCACUUCUCUCGGUAUGCCCCGCGGAGGACCUUACGGUCUACAAAUGACAACACCUUGGAGGUCCUGAGCCACAUGUUGAUUUCUCAUGAAUAGCUACCGUAUUUUUUGCUCUAUAAGACUUUUUCCCUCCUAAAAAGUAAGGGGAAAUGUGUGUGCGUCUUAUGGAGCGAAUGCAGGCUGCGCAGCUAUCCCAGAAGCCAGAACAGCAAGAGGGAUUGCUGCUUUCACUGCGCAGCGAUCCCUCUUGCUGUUCUGGCUUCUGAGAUUCAGAAUUUUUUUUUCUUGUUUUCCUCCUCCAAAAACUAGGUGCGUCUUGUGGUCUGGUGUGUCUUAUAGAGUGAAAAAUACGGUAUAUCCCCCCCCCCCCCUCUUCGUACCAUUCUUCCAUUUUAUAUUCACCUUGCCCCUUCCACUUCCUAGUUAUAAUAUCUCGUGCAGCUGUUGAUGAUUUUGUGAGCAAGUCCUUCAUAGCCUGCAAACCUUCCACCCCAUCGUAAAUUGAUAAUAAUAGUACCUCUGGUCCCUUUGCCCCCCCAAAACUGUACAUAUUUACACCCCCACCACAUGGGAACAUGAGUCCUGGGAGAGUUGCUCUUACGCUUAGCUCCAGCUUGCAGCUUUGCCAUGAUGGGCCACUGUGAGGGCGGCAUGUUGGGCUGCAUGGGCUAUGGGCCUGAUCCACCAAGCUCCUCUUCUGGUGCCCUUAUGGAGCCUCCAGGUCCAGGGGCAGUCUAUCUGGGUCCCUAGGUUGACAAGGACAUUUGGCCAGUGUGAGGACAGGAUGCUGGACUCGAUGGGUCGCUGGCCUCCCAGUGGGCAUGGAGCCGUCCCCUUUUGUGGGAGGGGGCUGGGCUAGAUGACCUCUGGGGGUCCCUUCCAACGACUCCGUGGUUCCUGCCUGGGGGGGAGAGGGACGUUCAGCCACUUGACUUCCCUCUGCUUCUUCCUCCUUCCAGACUCACCUUGCGCAGCUCUGCAGCAGCAUGCAGAAGAAGUAGCGUCUGGCCCCAAGGGCGACUGGGAAGCUGGAGCUCAGGGCUUGCUGGCGACGCCGCUCUAAAAGACACCGAGAAUUUGAGUCUUGCUGCUUCCUAUUUAAAAAAAGGGGGGGUUUCAAAUCCAGCCCAAAGUCCCCAUCUCAGCCAAAGUUUUAUCAGCAUUUAAAGUCUUCCCCCCCCAAGGGAAGCCCCCUCGUCUCUCUUUCCGCUCUUGCAAGACGCAGGUCGGUUUUCUGCAUCCUCGUCUUUUGACUGGAUGGGCAGAGGGGGUGCAGGGCUGCUUCCUCCUCCUUCCAGCUCCUGGCUGCUCCCAUGGGGGGGGGGGCGCCUCUCUGGGGCCUCUCUCCCCUAAGGAUGGGGGUCAAAGUCCUUCUUGCCGCCCCCACCAGGGCUCCUCUGAGUCUCUGGUUUCUGGUGCCUCUUCCAAAGGCAGCCUGGCCAGAGUCCUUAAUCUUCUGCCGCUGCCGGUCCUUUGUUUUCCUUUUUGGGGCCAGGGGGUCCCCAGGCAGAGGCCGCCCUCAUUUACCUGGGGGGGGGGUGCUGGACAGGACCCUCCCAGGAUAAAGAACAGGAUUCUCAUUCUGUCUUUCUACACGGUUAUAUUGUUUUGCAGGCUCCUGCUGAAUCCCUCUGAACCCAGCCGCCGCCCCCCACCACCCUUUUACCUUUUUUUUUUUUGGUGUAUAGAAAUAUUUGAUUUGUAUGGGGGUUUUUUUCCCACCAGGUCUUAGCUACUAUGUUAAUUUAAAUGCUGUGUCUGGUGUUUAUUGGCUGAAUAAAGUUGUCCCGUUUUUGUUCA